ACAGAGAUGGGAAGCUCUGCUCUGCUUACAGUGGUGCUAGCUGGGGCGCUUCUUUGGAUCUCUGCUAUCCAUGCAGCUUCAGACUCUGAAGACGAUGGGAAGCUGCUAUGCGCAUGCAAGAAUGAGAAAGGCACAUGCGUGAAUGGAACUUGCAACGGUGACAUCUGCUUCUACUCCUGGGUGCAAGAGAGAGAGGAGCGAGGCUGUUUCUCAGCAAAUCACUACAGGGAGCAGUGCCUUACCUCCUUUCCACGCUUCUUUGUCUCCUGUUGCAAAGAGAAUCUAUGCAACGCCUUCACCACGCCGCCUCCAAACAUUAAUGGAGAGCCGACCACAAAGCCCCCAGAACUUCGUCCGGAGCUAUGGAUCAUGGUGUCUUUGCUCCUGUUCAUAAUAACUGCCAGUGUGUGCGGCCUGGUGUUGUUCCUGCUUUUCCGGCGUGCACACUGCAGACUGAGAAAUGUUGAAGACCAUGAUCCCACCAUGCUCAAGGUCCCUAAUGGAGAUGAUCCCACAUACGGCGAUAUCUUUGAUGAGUUUUGUACAUCAGGGAGUGGAACAGGGCUGCCCUAUCUAGUCCAGAGGACUAUGGCCAGACAAAUCUCACUUGUCGAGUGUGUCGGCAAAGGCAGAUAUGGGGAGGUGUGGAGGGGAACUUGGAUGGGAGAGAAUGUGGCUGUCAAAAUCUUCUCUUCUAGAGACGAGCAGUCCUGGUUCAGAGAAACAGAGAUUUACAAUACUGUACAACUACGACAUGACAACAUACUGGGUUUCAUAGCCUCUGACAUGACGUCCAAGAAUUCCAGCACCCAGCUGUGGCUCGUCACCCACUUCCAUGAGCUGGGCUCUCUCUAUGACUUCCUGCAGUACAGCAGCUUGGAGCCUGAGAGCUGCCUGAGGAUGUGCCUCUCUGUGGCCUGUGGCUUGGUCCACCUCCACACUGAGAUUGUCAGUUCCCAGGAAAAGCCAGCUAUCGCCCACAGAGACCUGAAAAGCCGAAACAUCCUGGUUAAGCGAAAUGGACAGUGCUGCAUUGCUGACCUAGGUUUGGCUGUCAUUCACUCUCAGUCCCAUGACUAUCUCGAUGUGGGCAACAACCCCCGAGUGGGGACCAAGCGCUACAUGGCCCCUGAGGUGCUGAAUGAGACUAUCCGUAUGGACGUCUUUGAGUCUUACAAGCAAACUGACAUCUGGGCGCUGGGCCUAGUCUUCUGGGAAAUUACCCGCAGGACCAUUGUCAACGGCAUCGUGGAAGAGUAUCGCCCUCCGUUCUUUGACCUGGUGCCUUUAGAUCCAAGCUUUGAGGAGAUGAAGAAAGUUGUGUGUGUGGACCAGCAGAGGCCCAGUCUGCACAACAGGCUUCACUCACACCCUAUCCUGUCAACCAUUGUAAAGAUCAUGAAGGAGUGUUGGUUCACAAGCCCACAAGCCCGCCUCACAGCCCUGCGUGUGAGGAAGACCCUCUCCAAACUGGACCAUGACAGUGACUUCAGCAUCGAGAAACUCAAGCGGGACAUCUAGGCCCCAGUACCAGGAUGAAAAAGGGAUAAAAGAUUGAAAACGCCAGAAGAGGUUUUCACCACAUUCCAACAACACAAGGUGCAUAUCAUUAGCAUAUUUUGAGCUAAUGACUCACACAGUCACUGCAUUAUAUUAAAACCAUAUGGCUUUGAGCAAAAGUGUCUAGACUGGUUUGCACCCAAGGCAAUUUUUUUUUUGUUGGUGUUUGUCUUUUUUGCGUAGCCUAAUUUUCAUCUGCCAUAUUUCUGGUGCCUCAAACCAAGAGGCCUUAAAAAGAAAACUAUUAGAACCAGCCAUGUUUAUCAAGGUUAUGUUUCUUUUUGUUGCGUUUUUUCAGCAGAUUAAUUAACUGAACAAUUCACAGGCUCUUCUACAGACACAGGGUUUAAAAAAUUACUGUCUAAAUCCCCCAUCGUCACGACAGAAAGGAAAUAUCUAACAGCAUAAUUACUCAUCCUCUCAUCGAGCAUGCCAUUCGGUUUUUCUCUGAUAUACAUUACAAUUGCACUUAAGGGAUUUCCCAUAAUGACCAAAGUCACAGAAAACCACAGAGAACACAGAGGCCUUACUUUUGAAGGCCUUACUAUGAAUACAGGAAAUAUAUAAGAAAUAACAUACACAUACCAAAGCACAUUACAUGUUGUAUAAGUAUAUUUAACUUAUAUACAAUAAACAUUUAUUAUCUGCCCACUGACACAUCGAGCUUUUUAGUUGUACAUAUUCUAACAGCAUUGAAGUUGUGAUCUUGUAUCACUAUUGGGUUUAUUGUAAAUAUAUUUCAAAGGGGGUAUUAUUGUCUAUUACUCAACAACAAGACACAUUUUCUAUACUUCUUUUUUUCAACUUUCAACUUUUUCUAAUUAUUUUUUUACAUCCCUAAAAUGUACCAUCACCAUUACUAUGGUCAGUAAAGGAAUUCACAAACCGACAUGUUAUAUUGUAUAUGUUGAAUAAAGGAUUGUAUUUUUCAACA